AUGGCUGCUGCAAUAUCAAGGGUGUUUCCAAAUACGCAACACAGGCUAUGCCAAUGGCACAUGAUUAAGAAAUACAGAGAUGAGCUAAAGAAGCUGUACAAGGAGCAUGAAGGUCUGAAGAUCAAGCUCCUGACAGUGAUAAAUCACCCACUAACACCUAUAGAGUUUGAGGCGGCUUGGAGUGAGCUGCUAACAGAGUAUGGGAUAGGAGAGAAUGAUGCUAUAAAGGGCAUUUGGGAGUCCAGGCAUCUGUGGGUUUCAGCCUAUUUGAAGCCUCUGUACUGUGGGAGGAUGACAUCAACACAAGGGAGCAAGAGUGUGAACAAGGCAGUCAAAAAGGGGUUUUGCAACGAGGAAGACAUGCAUGAGUAA